AUGUGUUCAGCCAUCAUCUUGAAGUUCAGAGCACCUGGUUCUUCCACUGGGCUCAUCAGCACUGACAUCAGAUGUGAGGAGAAACUCCCAGGAGAAGCUUUGAGGGAUUGCCUCAACCCUCAGAACUUCAAAAUGCUUGUCCAUCAGGUGGUGGUGGAAGUGACUGGUUUGGGCACUGAUUUUGCAUUUCAGGCAACCAAGCUCAUCAAUACACUGAAUAUUGGUUUUGGACACAGAGAAAGGGCAGCCAUUGCCUGGACAGCAAAUGCUCCCCCAUCCAUUGAAGAGAUUGAAGUUGAUCCAACAAAGGCUGGUGAAGUUCGAAUUAAUGUAAAUAUAAAUGAGACUUUUAGCAGCAGUAUUCUUUCUCCAAAUGGAUUAAUGUUAGAUGGAACCAGAUUUACCUGCAGAGGAAGGCAGAUUUAUCAUCUUUAUGGCACUAGCACAUUCACUGAAUAUACUGUUAGGCGUGAAACUGCAGUGGGUAAAAUUGAUGCUGCUGCUCCCAAGGAUAAAGUCUGUAUCAUAAGCUGUGAGGUGCCUACAGGCUUUGGACCUAUGUUUAACACUGCAAAGGUCACACCUGGUUCUACAUGUGCCAUCUUUGGCCUAAGAGGUGUCAGUCUUUCUGCUGUAAUCAGUUAUAAAGCAGCAGGAGCUUCCAGAAUCAUAGUUAUUGACAUCAAAAGUGAGAAGUUUACAAAGGCCAGAGCCCUUGGAGCCACCGACUGCCUCGAUCCUAGAGACCUAGAUAAACCCAUUCAGGAGAUCAUCGUUGAAAUGACCAAUGGAGGUGUGGAUUUUGCCUUUGAGUGUGUAGGUGGAGCUAAAAUCAUGAGAGCAGCCCUUGACAGCAUAACAGUAGGUUGGGGAGUAUGUAUCAUUGGAGUAAACAUUGGUGACAACGGAUUGAGUGUUUCUGCAGUGGAGCUAAUAAUGGGCCGUACUCUAAAUGGAACAAGCUUUGGGGGUUGGAAAGAUAUCAAUUCUGUCCAAAAGCUGGCUGCUGACUACGAGAAUAAGAAAUUCGAUCUGGAUGCAUUGGUGUCCCAUACCCUUGCCUUUGACAAAGUUAAUGAGGCAUUUGACCUAAUGUACCAAGGAAAAAGCAUUAGGACAGUCCUGCUCUUUUGACAACUCCAGGAACAAUUUGGAAUACUAGCUGACUAAAUCUGAACCUGUCUGGUUAAUUCAUUACCUGAUAUGAUGAACAAUGAUAACUGUUCAAGAUGCUGCAGACUGAACCAUCAAUUCCACCCCUGGACAGAGGACACCGCCACUGGCUUGACUGCCAUUACUGCCACAGGAAAUUAAGUCUGCAGUAGAGAAGGAGUGAGGGGCUUGCUUCUUCUCCCUUCUGUGUUCCACCUCCUCCCACCACUUGCUAGCUACUGCUUCAAGUCCCCUCAAUUGUCCAGCCUGGAAAAGAGGAGAAAUUUAGAGGAAAAGAGUACAUUUUAUACAACAAA